CAAUGUUUUUAUGAUUUAUGAACUAUUGAUUUAUCCAAUGUGAUAUCCUUUAAGAUAUCUUUAGGCCUAUAUUGUCGUGUCCUCAAUACACGCAGGCCUGUACUCUAUACCUUUAUUAACCAACAGAUCGAUAUAGUUACACAACCACUUCUCUUCAACCGUGUUAUACAUAACGCUUCUACUCAAUAUCUUUUAAUGAAAAAGUACAUUUCGUCACUGAUUCUUUUGAUCCUUACUUUCAUUGAAAAGGUGAUAUCCAUAUCAAAGGACACUGCCUUGUAUGAUAUUCCUUUCAAGGGAAACUGCCUUGUAUAUAAGUCAAAGCAUUUUAGUAUCGAAGUACUACCUUGAGUGACGGUCAGCAAGAGCAUGUAGCCCUAUUUGCAUUGGGCUUGAUAAGAAUCUAAUGGUAGUAAGUAAUCCUUCAUUCAACGAUUAUAGUGCCACUGAUAAAAUUCAAAAAUUUAAAAACAUAUAAUUUCCAACUCCGUAGUGAGAAUCAUGUACGGGGACGGGAAUACGACCAACGUUCUUCAGGAGCAACAAGAAACAGUAGCAGCGGAAACGGACGAUGAGAGACGAGGUCUCCACGCCCUACUACUACCGCUGCUCUUAGUGGCCCUCAUCAUCACGACCAAUGGCCUUAGCCUGGCAGCAUUCGCCGUCGAGAAACGACUCCGUGGCUACAACAACUACUUCAUCAUAAACCUUACAAUCUCGGACUUUCUCUUUGGGUUUGUCAUCAUCGUGACAUCCUUGCACACCUAUUUUAGACGAUUCCCAUUCCCAGGUAACAACUGGUGCCGGAUCUUCUACGGUGUCUUCAGCAGCGUCCAGUUCGUAUCAAAUCUGAUCAUCAUCACUAUCUGCAUUGAUAGACACCGAGCAACCUACGAUCCCAUCGGGCAUUUCACCACCAGGAGCAAGCGAAAAGCGAUCUACGCGAAUAUUUCCGUAUGGGUUGCAUCGAUCCUUUUCUGGUUCGGUUUUUCGACAAUUCCCGAUUUCGUCUUGGACUUCAACAACACUUCCGGUUGCAUUGUUUGGCAUUUCGUGAACCCGAUCGGCCAGAUAGUACCAGUAUUUAUCCGGUUCAUCAUCCCUUUCACAAUCAUGCUGAUAAUCUACGUGCGGAUCUUCGUGAAGAUAAAAAAGAUAGCCGGGAGAAAGCACAUCGGCGAAGAAUUUAAUGGGGACACUUCAUGGUCGCGGCAGAGCAAAUCUGACGGUGGUAACGACGCUGGUGAUUCCAAAGAAGGCCCCAUUACUACCAUAGAAUCUGGUGGUCAGAAAGCAGUCAAGCGUGAAUCAGCAUCCGAGGUUCGCAGCGCCACAAAGACACUCCUCUUCAUCGUCAUCGCUUUCUUUAUUACCUGGUUUCCAUUUUCUGUCAUCUCCCUUAUCUACUCGAUUGAACCGACACUCAUCUAUCCGCGGCUUCCUGACUGGGCGCAUUUGGUACCCGGUUGGCUGGUCUACGUGAAUAGCUUACUCAAUCCGCUUUGCUACGUUGUCUCGCAACCGCUCUUUCGGAAAACCGUAUUCGGUUUGAUCCGCCACCCUAUCCGGUAUUGCAGAGGGAAAUAAUCGUCGGUUUCAUUUGAUUAUGGCGGGUUCGGAAUCGUUGCAUUUGUGAUUUGAAGUCUAAUAAUCAAUUGACUAAAUCUUACGAUUCUCAGUGUCCAUGGUCCUGAUAAAGACCGGUAAGGUUCUAUACGGUUAGAGCAAAUUGGAUUUAAAAAUACACUUAACAUCCAAACUCUCUUGUUUGGAAAAUCUUUUGAAAAGUUCUAUUCAGAACUAACUCUAGAUGUUAAAGUUCUUAUUGUGAAUAAUCUAAUGCUCAAUUAAAAAAUUAACCAUUAUACAUCAUAUCAUUUGGAUGAUUUUAGAGGAAAGUAAAAAUGAACUUCGUAUUUUAUGUAUUGUCACUAAUAUGGCACAAACACAAAAUGAUGUAAGGUAGAACAAAUUUUUAAAUUUUUUUGAUUGUGAAAUGGUAUCUUUUUAUAUGGGUAUAUCUGUAAUGUAGUAAUUUGUUUCACCACUCCUAUUGAGUUACAGCUACGAAAUCAACGACAAAAGGAUUUUUCUCUUGUCUAUGUAUUACUUGUGAAAACUGCCCGUUAGUUUGUCGGGUAUGAAAUCAUAUACAUUUAGACAACGGUAUAGAUUGAAAAUGGUAAGUGUAAUUAACCCCCCCCCCCCAUUGUAUAUUUGGAAGAAAUUCAUACAUGCUGAGAUCUAUGCUUAUUUUACAUUUUCAUAAAUAUUUUAGUUCAAAGUAUAUUAAUUGAAAUACUCUCUUUUGCUUUAUAUUUGGGGCUCACAUGAUUAAUACAUCUUUUGUAAUACCACGACAGAU